ACCCACCGCGCCACCUGCAGCCCACUGGAGGGAGCGGAAAGCCCGCUGGUCGUACGGUGGUCGUCCCUGGUACAAUGUCACAGCCAAGGAGAACCGCUGACAGCACCUGCUCCCCGCGCCGUCUCUACACCGGAACCACGGACGUUCGCUACGUUUUAACCGACAUGAUACCGGCGCUGUGUGACGCGAUCUACCGGACACUGUGAUCUCUCUCGAGGGUCGGUCGAGUCUGGCCGUUUGACGCGGGACCGGAUUCGAUUCGGUUCCCGGCGGCUGUGUGGAGGAGGGGGGAUGCUGAUCGGAGGGCGCCGGGGAGAGUGAGCUCGCCUCGGGCUGAACACCGUGUCACCGGGCCGCUGGAUGACGUGAACAUGGGCACCGUCUUCGGUCUCCUGUGGCUCGUGAACGUGUUCCUGGAGGGCGCGCAGGCCCAGGGCGUGUACGCGCCUCCUACGGUGCGUAUCGUGCACUCUGGCCAUGCGUGCAACGUGGAGGAGGAGGGCUACGCAGAGCGUGUGUACACCAUCCGGGAGGGCGACACGCUGGAGCUGCAGUGCCUGGUGACCGGACAUCCACACCCACAGGUGCGGUGGUCUAAGACAGCGGGCAGCGUGACUGAGCGCUCCGCUGAGUACUCUGUGUUCAACGAGACGCUGAAGAUCCGCAGUAUCCAGCGUCACCAGGGGGGGCGCUACUACUGCAAGGCCGACAACAGCCUGGGCUCUCCUGCCAUCAAGUCUAUACGCGUGGACGUCUACUUCCUGGACGACCCGCUCAUCACGGUCCACCAGAGCGUCGGCGAGGCCAAGGAGCAGUUCUACUUCGAGCGGACGGUGUUCCUGCGCUGCGUGGCGCUCUCCAACCCCCCCGUCCGGUACUCCUGGAGGCGGGGCCGCGACCUGCUGUCCCAGGGCACCGACGCGGGCGUCGACAUAUACGAACCCUUCUUCACCACGGGUGAGACUAAGAUCCUGAAGCUGAAGAACCUGCGGCCUCAGGACUACGCCAACUACACGUGUGUGUCCUCGGUCCGCAGUGUGUGUGGCAUCCCCGACAAGACGGUCCACUUCCACCUGUCUAACAGGACAGCUGCGCCCUCCAUCCGGGUGCUGGGCGAGGACCCCCUGGUGGUGAACCCGGGCGCCGCGGUGAGGCUGGCCUGCGUGACCUCGGGGGGGGAGCCCCCCCCCUCCCUGACCUGGGUGAGGGGGGGCGAGGGGGAGGAGCUCCCCCGACACAGCGCCCUGGACCGCGGCACGCUCAGCAUCCCCUCGGUAACCGUGGACGACGGCGGACUGUACACUUGCCUAGCAACCAACAACGUCGGGAACCCGGCCAAGAAGUCCACCACCAUCCUAGUUAGAGGUCUGCGUAAGGCCCGGUUCUGGAUCACUCCGGACCCGUACCACAACGACGACCACAUCCAGAUUGGCCGCGAGGUCAAGAUCAGCUGCCAGGUGCAGGCCACGCCCCCGGAGGAGCUGCUCUUCUAUUGGCUGAAGAACGGCCGGCCCCUGCGCAGCUCGGAGCGCAUGGUCAUCACGCAGAGCGAGGGGGAGCUGGCCCCCGGGACCACCAACCUGGACAUCAUCGACCUCAAGUUCACCGACUUCGGGACCUACACCUGCGUGGCGUCGCUGCGCAGCGGGGGCGUGGCCGACGUCAGCAUCGACGUCAACAUCUCCUCCACCACCGUGCCCCCCGAGCUGAGCGUGCCCCCUGGGGGGUCCCACAUGGUGUCCCAGGAGGGUGACACCGUGGAGCUGCAGUGCCUGGUGUCGGGGAAACCCAAGCCCAUAAUACUCUGGUACCGUGGCAACCAGGAGGGGGCAGGGCCCGCCAUGUCGGACGGCUCCGCCCAGAUGGAGAGCUACGACGGGAUCCUGCGAAUCAGCAACGUGACGCGCGACAUGAGCGGGAACUACUGCUGCCAGACCAGCCAAUACAACGGCUUCUACGUUAAGCCCCGCCUCCAGGUCAUCCAGCUGGUAGUGCAGUUCCCGCCCUCGGUGGAGCCGGUGUACCGCGAGGUGCGGCAGGCCCUGGGCCGGGCCUUCCUGCUGAGCUGCGGCCUCCAGCAGGCCCACCCGGCCCGCCUGCUCCAGUACGAGUGGCGGCUGGGCGACCGGCUGCUCACCCAGGGCGUGCUGGGGGACCAGGACCCCCUGACCCACUACCAGGUCCGGGCCCUGAACCGCGAGGGCUACGGAGAGUACACCUGUGAGGUCACCAACGAGGCGGGCUCCGGCCGCUGCACCUUCCUGGUCACAGGGAAGGCCUACCCCCCGGAGUUCUACUACGACACCCCGGGCGCGCUGUGGCAGAGCCGCGUCCGGGUGUUCGGCUUCAGGCUGCAGUGGACCCAGAUGGAGCCGGCCACCGUCGACCGCAUCAUGGCCUACCGCCUGGGCAUCCGGCAGGUGGGGCUGGAACGCUGGUGGGAGCAGGAGAUCGCCAUCACAGGGCUGAUCCAGAAGGGGGAGCUGCUGACCUACAACCUGACGGAGCUGGUGAAGCCUGAGGCCUACCUGGUCCGCCUCACCCCCAUCACCCGCUACGGCGAGGGGGACGCCGCCCAGCGCACCAUCACCUACAGCCCUCCAGUCAACCCUCACCUCAGAGAGUUCCACUGUGGCUUCGAGGACGACGCCCUGUGCCUGUUCUCUCAGGACAAAACUGAGCAUUUUGAUUGGACGAGACACAGCGCCGCCACCAGAGACACCAAAUACACGCCCAACACCGGGCCGAGCUCCGACCACCGCGGCUCCAAACAGGGGUACUACAUGUACAUCGAGACGUCGCGUCCCCGGCUGGAGGGGGACGCGGCCCGCCUGGUCUCGCCCUCCUUCACCACGGGGGGGCGGGCCUCCACCUACUGCCUCUCCUUCUACUACCACAUGUACGGGAAACACAUCGGGUCACUCGGGGUCAUCCUGCGUCAGAAAGGUCAGACUAUGACUGACAGCUCAGUGUGGAGCCUCACUGGUAACCAAGGUGACCGCUGGAGGCAGGCCAAGGUCAACAUCCACCCAACCGCAACAUUUCAGGUGGUGAUGGAAGGAUUGAGGGGUUCUGGUAUUGAAGGUGACAUCGCCAUCGAUGACAUCAGAAUAGAGGAAGGAGAAUGUAAAGACCCGCCCCCAAACAAUCUGAGGUCUUUGGCCCCACCUCCUUUCCUUAAUAUAUGGCAGCUGUCCGUCACUCUUACUCUGGUUCUGAUUGGGUGUGGAAGGUGA